UCCCUCUUCCCUGGGUUAUCCUCAUUGGCAGCCCCUUUCCCUCUGCAGGCGGCUCUGGGGCUCCAUCCCACACCCUCUUCACAUGAGGCUAUGAGGCACCCACUGGACCGGGGCCAGGUCACCCUGCCCCGUCCCGCCCCCCAUCCGGGAGCUCCUGGCUGCUGCAGGUCCCAUAGAGUCCUGGACUGUGCCCAGCUGGUCCCCACUGCACAGAUGGGGAAACUGAGGCGGGAGGAAGAGGAGCACCUGGCCCCUGGCCACACCGGAAGACCCCACCCCCUCCAGAACCUCCUGCUCCUGCUGUGGACCCUCCUGAACUGUGGUUUGGGGGGCAACGCUCAGGGUCCGGGUGAGUGGACUCCAUGGGGUUCCUGGAGCCGCUGUUCUAGCUCUUGCGGGCGAGGGCUCUCCGUGCGCAGCCGGCAAUGCAUCCGGUUUCCCAGGGAAGAGCUGUGCUGGGGGGACACCCACGAGUACCGCCUCUGCCAGCUGCCCGAAUGUCCCCCAGGGGCCGUGCCCUUCCGAGACCUCCAAUGCGCCCUCUACAAUGGCCACCCUGUCCUGGGCACCCAGAAGACCUACCAAUGGGUGCCCUUCUAUGGUGCACCCAACCAGUGCGACCUCAACUGCCUGGCGGAGGGGCACGACUUCUAUCACAGCUUCGGCCGCGUGCUGGACGGUACCCCCUGCAGCCCGGGCACCCAGGGACUCUGCGUGGCUGGCCGCUGCCUCAGAGCCGGCUGUGACGGUUUGCUGGGCUCGGAUGCCCGCGAAGACCGCUGCGGUCGCUGCGGCGGCGCCAACAACUCGUGCCUCUUCGUGCAGCGCGUAUUCCGGGAUGCCGGUGCCUUCGCUGGGUACUGGAACGUGACGCUGAUUCCUGAGGGCGCCAGGCACAUCCGCGCCGCCCACCGGAGCCGGAACCACCUGGCGCUGAUGGGGGGCGACGGGCGCUACGUGUUCAACGGGAACUGGGCGGUCAGCCCUCCCGGGACCUACGAGGCAGCGGGCACCCGCGUGGUCUACACCCGCGUCACAGGAUCAGAGGAGACGCUGCGCGCCGCCGGGCCCACCUCCGAAGACCUGCUCCUGCAGGUCCUCCUGCAGGAGCCCAACCCCGGCGUUGAGUUCGAGUUCUGGCUCCCCCGGGAGCGUUAUGGCCCCUUCCAGGCGCAGGCUCAGGCCCAGGGCUGGUCCCUGCGGCAGCCGCAGCCUCGGGAGGUAGAUCCUCAGUCCCCUGAGUCUCCCGCUGCCCCCACUGUUAUCCCCCCACGGACCCCAGGCCCCACCCCAGACCCCUGCCCACCCUGCCCUGACACCCGCGGUCGUGCCCACCGGCUGCUCCACUAUUGCGGCAGCGACUUUGUGUUCCGGGCCCGCGUGCUGGGCCGCGUCCGGCAGGCCCAGGAGACCCGAUAUGAGGUGCGCGUGCAGCUCAUCUACAAGAACCGCUCGCCACUGCGGGCCCUCGAGUAUGUGUGGGCGCCGAGCCGCUGCCCCUGCCCACCGCUGGCCCUCCAUCGGGACUACCUGCUGGCGGCCCGGCGCCUCAUCAGCCCCGAUGGCACUCAGGACUGGCUGCUGCUCCCCCAUGCUGGCUACGCCCGGCCCUGGAGCCCCGCCGAGGACAGCCGCGUGCGCCUGGCCGCCAGACGCUGCCCCCUCUGAGCCCCUGGACCAGGCUCAAAGUCAGCAUAUUUCCCCUAUUGCCAUAGCUUCCAGGGAGCUCAGAACUAUCUCCCACCUGCAGCUCUGUGACUCCCCACCACACACACUCAGACACCCCUGCACUCAGUCAGAUCCACUGUCGGAAGCAGGCACGCACUGGUGAGGAGGAUACACUAAAUGGACUCUUUAGCUCUGAUUUUCUCUCUCACCCUGGAAACUCAGUUAUUUUACUCUCAGAGACUCUGUGUCUGCUUUUAUUCCCCUUGCCUCACACUCAUUUGCUGGGAGACACUGUCACACACAAGCAUGACCCCGAUGAAGACAUGCCUAAGGAGACCUUGUAAUGUAUCCAUUUCCCCUCUUGCCCUGGCUACCAGGAAGCUCACCACUCUUUAACCCCCUGACACUCUGUCUCUCCCUUCUCAUUGCCACUUAACACACGCACCCUCACGUAUUCAGAGACACUGUUAAAAACAGGCAUGACCCCCUAGUAAACAUGCCUACCCAGGCACUGUAACGUACCAGUUUCCCCUUUUGCCCUGGCUACCAGGGAGUUCAGAGAUAAUCUUGACAGCUUCCGCAAUUCGGGGGGAGGCGGGAGGGUUCCCUCCAGGCAACACUGCUGUUCACCCCUUUUUUAUUCCUAUUUAUUUUUUUUUUUUUUUUG